CCUUUCAAAUGUUAAACUGUUCUUCAGACAACGCAAGCAAAAAGUUAGGAGACAUCAGUUUUUUUUCUUUUCAUUACAUAUUGCCGUUCGAGGAAAACAAUGCAUAGUCAGGAGGAAGAAAGCUUAUCUUCAGAGUCACAGACUCAUGGAGCAUUCCACGGUCAUUUCACUGAGUCUGUUCAGCCUUUGAUUGAGUUGAUCGACUCUCUGAGGUUGAUCGGCAUUGAUAAGGAUAUAGAUCUGCCAUCCAUUGCAGUGGUGGGAGAUCAGAGUUCUGGAAAGAGCUCGGUUUUGGAGGCACUCUCUGGGGUGGCUCUACCUCGAGGAAGUGGUAUUGUCACACGCUGUGCUCUUGAGCUGAAAUUGCGGAAUCUCAAGAAAGGAAAAUGGUCAGGGACCAUUUCUUACAAUGAUCACAAAGAGAGCUUUCAUGACCCACUUAUGGUGGAUAACUUUGUUAGAAAAGCUCAAAAUGAGCUCGCUGGAAAUACAGUUGGAAUAAGUGAUGAACAUAUUUCUUUGGAAAUUUCCUCUCCUGACGUUUGUGACCUCACUCUGAUCGAUCUACCUGGCAUAACCCGUGUACCCGUGCAAGAUCAACCUGAGGAUAUUGGAGAUCAGGUGAAAAAAUUAAUACUAAAAUAUAUUUCCAAAAGUGAAACCAUCAUUUUAGUUGUUGUGCCUUGCAAUGUUGACAUAACAACGACGGAAGCGCUUAGAAUGGCGCAACAUGUGGACCCAGGACACAGAACUCUCGCAAUUCUCACAAAACCAGAUCUCAUCGACAGAGGGGCGGAGAUGGAUGUUUUGAAAAUUGUCCAGGGCAAAGUCAUUCCUCUCAGCAAGGGCUACAUUAUCGUGCGAUGUCGAGGUCAGAGUGACAUCAAUGACAAAAUCCCUCUGGAUAAAGCCAUAAACAUGGAAUUUAAAUUCUUUAGAAAACACAAAUACUUCAGCUAUCUACUGAAUGAUAAUAAAGCAUCUAUUCAGUGCCUGUCAAGGAAAUUAACCAAAGAACUGGUUGACCACAUCAAGAUAUCAUUACCACACGUAGCUGAGCAGAUUAACAGUCAGACAGUUAAUGUGAGAGAAGAACUUAAAAAGUACGAUCAGGGUCCACCUCUGCAGGAAGAAGAAAUGGGACCUUUUCUCAGUAAGAUAAUAUUAGAGUUCAGCGAUCAAAUCGAUGAACUGAGCAGAACAGGACAUUCAUCAAAAGGCAAAAACAUUUAUGCACUUCUACGUCCUGUCUUCAAGAAAUGGGACAACCACCUGAGUGACACUAAAGAUUCCUUUGAGACAAAAGUGCAGGAAAUGAUAGACAAGUACAACGAGAACCAUCGUGGCAGAGAAUUGCUAACGUUCACUGAGUACACUGAAUUUGAAAACGUCAUCCAAAACCAUGUAGCAGCUCUUCAAGAGCCAGCUAUGGAAACACUGAAAGAUGUGCGAGGUAAAGUUACUCCAACACUGAAACACAAUGUUUCUAAAAAGAUUGAUGAGAUUCAAACAAAACAAGAGGCCAAAGUGGAGAAAAGAAUCAAGGAGUUUAUUGAAAUGGAGCAUCUGAUUUUCACCCAGGACACAGUGUUGCAAAAAAAACUUGAUGAAUCAGACAUCCAUCAGAUGACUGGUCUGGAACAUCAUGAAAAACUCUGUGGAGAUGACACGGUUUUAAAUUCCAAAGGCUGUGCAGAGUUGGAUUCGAGAAAUCUAGUACCAGAAAAACUGGUUCUUUAUUAUGAUAUUGUCUAUCAACGCCUAACAGACUACGUGCCGAUGCUGGUAAUCCUCCUCAUGCUGAGGAAUGCAGCUAAGACGCUGCGACAUGGCAUGCUGGAAAUGAGGAAAGUGGCGGAUGUGGUCGAUCUGCUAAAAGAAGACUUGGACCAAGGGCGCAGGAGAAAUGAGCUAAAGCAGCGUCUGGAAAGCCUCUUACAAGCUCAAGAACUAAUAAACAACAGACAAUGAAACAUCUUCAUAAACAUAGAGGCUGCAGAAAUUGGCCACUGGAUAUACGACAAAUGAGUUUUAAAUUCUAAUGAUCAAAUCAUGAUAGCAAAGCAUAACAAGUGCUUUAUUUCGAAUCACCAGUUGCUGAAUGGGAAUGUCAGCUCAAUUUAUUACAUGUACACACACACACACACACACACACAAUAAGUCCUUUACACAAUCUGACAUGGCUGCAUUUAAAGUUGAACCGGAAACUAAGUGCUGGUCGUCCGGUCAGAGGAGAAGGUUUUUAUUUUCUCCAUUCUUUCAUGGAGUAUCGCUUCCUUGCUGCUGAGGACAUUUAAUUUCGAUUAGCGAUUAUCAUCGAAUUGAUUACAAACACUGUCUCUAAUAAAACAAAAAUUAAGUGUUUAAUCUUGUCAUUAUACAUUACUAUCACUCUGUUCUCGUAUUUGAUAUUUGACACAAUCUGUAUCGUUAAAAGCGUUAUAUAAAUAAGUGAU